AAGGAUAGUGAAGACAUCAUCAGAAGACACAUUUUAAGAUUAUACAUAAGGAUUUGAUUCAUCACUGAAUAAACCUCAAAUAAGCACUAAUAUAACAUCCAAGAGGUGAAGAUCUGAAGCUGUGGUUCUUUAAGUCCUCAACUGGAUUAUGCAUUCUCUAAAGGACUGCUUUUGUUUGAAGAAAACUAGACAUCUGCUUGAGACCCAUGAUACUCUUGCUUCUGAAACUUGUUUUAGUGAGAAUGAUGUGGAGGCCUUAUAUAUUCUAUACAAGAGACUAAGCAGCUCCAUAAUUGAUGAUGGUCUUAUUCACAAGGAAGAGUUUCUCCAAGCACUUUUCAGCUGCAGCCAUAGGCAGAAUCUUUUUGCAGAUAGAUUGUUUGACGUAUUUGAUCUUAAGCGUAAUGGAAUUAUUGAAUUUGGAGAAUUUGUUCGAUCCUUAAGCAUAUUCCAUCCAAAGGCUCCUCAACAAGACAAAAUCACAUUUGCAUUUAAAGUGUACGACUUGAAGAACACUGGAUACAUAGAACGCGAUGAGCUGAAGGACAUGGUAUUGGCUGUUCUCGAAGAAUCAAAAUUGACACUUGCAAAUGAUGCCAUUGAAUCAAUCGUCCAUAAGACAAUUGAAGAGGCAGAUCUAAAUGGUGAUGGACGGAUUGAUCCAAAGGAGUGGAAGGAAUUAGUUACGAGAUAUCCUUCUUUGAUAAAGAAUAUGACACUCCCAUACUUAGAGGAAGUAACUGUACUAUUUCCAUGCUUUGUCAUGACAAGUAAAGUUCGCGACUCACAAUUGGUAUAUGGAAACUGAUCGAUCAUCAACAACUUUAAGAGAUUAUUUUUCUUCUUUCUUCUUCUUAUAUUAUAUAUAUAUUUGAUAUUUGAUAAUUUAAUAGUUAUGUAUUUUUAGAAUACCUAUCAUCUAGCAUCGGGAUUAUAUAAGUGUAUGACUAAAUAAAAAUUCACAAGUUGUUUGCA